AUGGAGCUGAGUGAAUUGUCCCACUCUCGAUCGAGUUGGGCUUUACUCCAUUCCGACGACAGAAGCGAUCAAACCGAGUCUAAGACACCUCGUAAACCCCAGUUCCAAUCAGGCUGGAGAUUCAGUCUCUUCCUCGGUACCACCAGCUGCGUCGUCGUCUUCGUCAUCAACCUCGUUGUCACCAUAUGGGCUACCACACGGAAGAAGAAGAACAUGAUCGGUCUCCCAGUUCUUCGAGAAGGCCGGUGUUCAGACAUGCGCCAUUGGAAUUCUGGACUACAUCUUUUAAUCAACGCUCUCAGCUCCAUCCUACUAGCCGCCAGCAACUAUGCCAUGCAAUGCAUCUGUGCCCCCACCCGGGCCGACAUCAACAAGGCACACUCUGAGGGGAAAUGGCUAGACAUUGGCGUACCGAGCGCACACAAUCUCAAUCACAUUUCCAAGAAACGAUACCGUCUAUGGCUUGUGUUGGCGGUUACGUCAUUGCCGUUGCAUCUUGUCUACGACAUUUGGACUGUCGACUCUCAAAAAGAAAACUUGGACUGGGAACAAUCCAAAUUCUUUAAUCGCCACUGGACCUUCACUAACAAUAGCCGUACCAAUGAAGCUAAGGAGAAAUGGACAACAUUGACAGGGCUGGGUGUUAACAACAUGCUUCAAAAACUCACCAACUUGGAGUGUAUCCGCCGGUUUGCGACUUCCUUCCAGACCUCCCACCAGAAUCUUAUUCUCGUCACAUCCACUGCACGGGAUCCCAAGUUUCAGGGUAGAGCUACCUUUCGAAAGAAUAUCACCAUCGUCCCCCAAAGUCUCGAGGAGAUCUAUUCCUGGAUAUGUGGCGAUUUACCUUGCGCCGGGAGCUACGAGGGCCCUUGCCACGGCAACAUGCCCGCCCUGGAGAAAGCGGCAGAUACUUGGGCACCUUGGUGUGACAAGGUCGAGUAUUGCUACAGUGAGCCAAUGGAAGAAAGGUGCCAACUUACCUUUAGCCCUACCUUCAUGGCGUUUGUGCUAGUCUCGAAUGCCCUCAAGGCUAUCGUGCUAUUUUACAUCGUCUCGAGGCCUCCAUAUGAAGCCUUGUUCGUUCUUGGCGACGCAAUCGAGUCCUUCAUGGCUGUUCCGGAUGUCUUCUCGACUGGGCUUUGUCUUGCUUCAGUUGAUGACAUCAGGCAGAAGAACCCCCAGCAUUGGCCCGGACCUCGGACAUGGUCCCUAGACAGGGGUUUAUGGGGAUCGACCGUCAGCCCACGCCGAUGGAAAGCCAGUAUGCUCUUGUCUGGCAUUAGGUACUUGGUCUCUCUCUCACUGGUUCUUUUCUUCCUCAUCUUUAGCGUCCGUCAGCUUCCAGAUCUAAGAGGCAUGGGAAUUCCAGGAACUCUAUGGAGGCUUGGUUUCGGUACCGUAACAGAAUUAACCCUCAUCAAGAGAACAGGAGGCGGUGCUAGCAACAGCUUUACAAUGACGCAGAGUGUUCUCCUCGCCAGUCUGCCCCAUCUCGUCUUCUCCGGCUUAUACCUUCAAUACAACGCCCUCUUUACGGGCAUGCUAGCAGCCCACGAGUGGAGCGACUUUGGACGAAAGAGAAAGGGGUUACGAGUGUCAUCAGAACCGAGAGGGGAGCAGAGAGCACGAUACUUUUUGCAGUUGCCCUACCGCUGGAGCAUUCCUUUGAUCCUCAUGUCUAUGACUAUGCACUGGAUGCUGUCCCAGAGCAUAUUCAUUGUUCCGAUCGAGUUCGAAAAUGAGUUCAUCACAACCUGUGGCUACUCACCCAUAGCUAUUGUGGCGGUAUUUGUUGCCGGGAUUAUCAUGGCACUUGCUGUUAUUAUAACAGCCCGCCGUCGACUACCAACUGCCAUGCCUGUCGUGAGAAGCUGCAGCUUGGCGAUAGCGGCAGCUUGUCAUGGUCUUGAGGGAACUGAGCGGCCAGAAGAUCCUCUCGUUCCAGUGCGGUGGGGGGCCAUGGCCCAUCCCGAGGACGAUUUGGUAGUUGGUAAGCCAGGCCACUGUGGGUUUUCAGGGGGGUUUGUGGAGGAGCCUCAGGAAGGCGGUCUAUACUCAUAG